GGGUUUUUGAAACUUGGCUGGGUUGGGGUUUCUCUCCCUAUCUCUCUCUCUCCCACCUGCAGCUCAGCCGUCAGUCCAUCGCCGCCGGCCGCCGCCCACGGAGCUUCCGAUGAGGAGGAGGUGACGGUUCCCGACGAAGUUAGGGACAUGGCAUUGUCGAUUUCCAGGAGGGUGUUGCGGUCGCUCGGGCCGUUGGGCCAGUGGAGGCAUGUCGGCUCGGUUUCGGCCGCGAAUGAUUUGCGCGGCCUCGUUUCGCAAGAGAGCUUAUCCACUGCGGAGUUUUCUCGAUCAUUAAGGGACGAUGCUUUUUUCGUUGGUCGUCGAAGGCUGUCAACCUCAAUACUGACUCCUAAUGGUGAAGCUGACUUCCCUUCUGACCUAUUGUCCAAGAAGGAAGCAAUCGUGCCUGAUCGUGAGAUAGGACUUUACCAGGACCUUGUAAUUCCAGUGACGAACUUUCUUGGUGAAGAUAAGGGCUUGAUGGUCUUAGCUGGAGAUGUUUUUGAUGUACCUAUUAGAAAAGAUAUUAUUCAUCGUGUUGUGAGAUGGCAGCUUGCAAAACGACAACAGGGUACGCAUUCAACUAAAACAAUUAGUGAGGUCAGUGGAACAGGCAAAAAACCAUGGCGACAGAAGGGCACUGGUCGAGCAAGGCAUGGUUCUAGGCGUGGGCCCCAGUUUAGAGGUGGUGCUACAAUGCAUGGCCCAAAGCCACGAAGCCAUGCUAUUAAGAUCAAUAAAAAGGUUAGGCGCCUGGGGCUGAAGAUAGCUCUCUCUGCACGGGCAGGGGAAGGAAAGCUUCUGGUAUUUGACGAUGUGGAGAUCCCAACGCACAAGACAAAGAACAUUGUAAACUAUGUCGAGCAAAUGGAGAACACUAAGAAAAUUCUGGUUGUGGAUGGUGGUCCCAUCAAUGAGAAGCUGAAAUUGGCUACGCAGAAUCUACACUAUGUCAACGUGUUACCCUCUAUAGGCCUUAAUGUAUACAGCAUCCUGCUACACGACACAUUGGUGAUGUCCCGUGAUGCGGUAAAUAGGAUUGUUGAUCGAAUGCAUACUCCAAUUAACCGUUGAUGCUAUGAUUUUUUUUUUGUUAGAAAAGUUCCUUUGGAGGGCAAAGUUGAUUUUUGUGUUGGUAUCUGUGCCAAUGUAGGCGUUUUUCUUCUUCCUUUUUUGAGUUCCUGUAAUAAUUAUGUAACUUAGAGCUAGCAAUUUUGUGUUUGGCACUGUUUUCUCCUUGUGUUUGAGUAUAAUGAGCCGGAAUGUGCUCUCGCAAAUAACAUUUUACUUGCUGAUC